AUGAGUCUGGUAAACUGAAAUUAAAUAGUAACAUAUACAAAUAAAACUUGCCGUUGUGAAAGCCAAUCACUCGACCGACGCCACGCCCGCACACACUUGCCUCUAAUUAGCUUCUUUACAAUCAAUUGACAAUUAUUAAACUCUGAACUGAAUCCGCAACCCCGAACCCCAACCCAUGAGGCCGAUAAGGCUUCCAGAACCGCCCAGUCCCAGCCGCGGUGUGCCGGAGAUCUUUUCCGGCGGGGCUUACACAGUCAUCAGACGGGCCGUUGUCAUCGGAAACGGCUUUCCUGGUUCGGAGAAUCAGACCCUCGGGUUGGUUCACGCCCUCGGCCUAUCUGAUAAGCACGUUCUAUAACGAGUUACAAGGCCAAGAGGAGGAAUAAAUGAGUUGCUUCAUUGGCUCCCAGUUUCUCUUCACAAAAAGUUAGACUAUGUCAUGAGACAAAUUUGUGGUUACUCACGACUUUUGCUGACAUCUCGAAGGGAGAAACUUGUGCCUUUACCUUUGGAAAAUGGUAGUGCAAGUUUGUCAUCUGUACUUGAAGCUAAUGUGAAGCAGAUUGUGACUAUGGCCCGUGAUACAUAUGAAAAGGAUGGCCCUUUACUGGUAGUUGCAUCUGGCAGAGAUACUAUUUCUAUUGCAAGCUCUAUAAAACGUUUAGCAUCUGAGAACGUCUUUGUUGUUCAGAUACAACAUCCUAGGAUACAUUUGAAUAGAUUUGACUUGGUGAUUACCCCUCGUCAUGAUUAUUAUCCUUUGACUCCUGAAGCACAAGAGAAAAUUCCCCGAUAUCUUCGGAGUUGGAUAACUCCACGUGAGCCCCCUGAGAAGAAUGUGGUCCUCACUACAGGAGCUUUACAUCAUAUCGAUUUUGCUGCAUUACGCAGUGCAGCUAGUGUAUGGCAUGAUGAGUUUGCACCUUUGCCAAAGCCCUUAGUUGUGGUCAACAUAGGCGGGCCUACUGGCUGUUGUCGAUAUGGUUCAGAUCUUGCGAAGCAGUUAACAGCCAGUCUUCUCAGUGUUCUUGUGAGCUGUGGGAGUGUCAGAAUAUCUUUUUCUAAUAGAACGCCUGAAAAGGUAUCAAAGAUCAUUAUCAAAGAACUUGGCAAUAAUCCAAAAGUUUACAUCUGGGAUGGCCAAGAACCAAAUCCGCACAUGGGGAAUUUAGCUUGGGCUGAUGCUUUUGUCGUCACAGCAGAUUCAAUCAGUAUGAUAAGUGAAGCUUGCAGCACUGGGAAACCUGUGUAUGUUAUGGGAGCUGAGCGCUGUACAUGGAAGUUUGCAGACUUCCACAAGUCUUUGAGGGAGCGAGGAGUGGUUCGGCCUUUUACAGGAUCUGAGGAUAUGUCAGAAAGCUGGAGCUAUCCUCCCCUUAAUGAUACUGCAGAAGCAGCUAGUCGGGUGCAUGAAGCACUUGCAGAGCGUGGAUGGAGACUACGAGCAUAAGGAAUCUGUUAAUAAUGAUUGUC